CCCCCGCCAGGCCGAACCACUGUGCGCUGGCAGACGGGGGCGGGCUCGCCGGAGGCUCGCCCCGGGCUAUAAAAGAGGGGCUGCGCCGGACGCUUGGAGCGGUCCAGCAGAGGGACGGAGAGCGAGACUCUUAUCAGCCAGAGUUACAGCUGUUAACAGCCUUUUUAUUACGAGACUUGGAAACUGAAACAUUAUGAAUGUGAAUGACCUCAAGUGUAGGUUGUCCGUGGUUGGGCAGGAUCACCUACUACAGUUCUGGGAUGAGUUGGAAGAAGCCCAGCAGACGGAACUUUAUGAAGAACUACAAGCUAUUGAUUUUGAGGAGCUGAACUGCUUUUUUCAAAAGGCCAUUGAAGGAUUUAAUCAGUCCUCUUCUCAGGAGAAGGUAGAUGAACGGAUGGAGCCUGUACCUCGAGAAGUGUUAGGCAGUGCCACAAGAGACCAAGAGCAGAUUCAACACUGGGAAAGGGAAGGUCUUCUUCAGAUUUCCAAAAACAAAGUAGCAGUUCUUCUCCUGGCUGGUGGUCAGGGCACGAGACUUGGUGUGUCAUAUCCCAAAGGAAUGUAUGAUGUGGGUUUACCAUCACAUAAAACUCUCUUCCAGAUCCAAGCUGAGCGCAUUUUAAAACUACAACAGUUAGUUGAAAAGCAUCAUGGCAACCAGUGCAUCAUUCCUUGGUACAUUAUGACCAGUGGCAGGACAAUGGAAUCUACAAAGGAAUUCUUCUCAAAGCACAAGUACUUUGGUUUACAGAAAGAGAACGUAAUAUUUUUUCAGCAAGGAAUGCUACCUGCAAUGCAGUUUGAUGGGAAAAUUAUUCUGGAAGACAAGGGCAAAGUUUCCAUGGCUCCAGAUGGGAAUGGUGGUCUUUACCGAGCACUUGCAGCCCAUGGCAUUGUGGAAGACAUGGAGAAACGGGGCAUUUGGGGAAUCCACGUGUACUGUGUUGAUAACAUCUUGGUGAAGGUGGCAGACCCACGUUUCAUUGGAUUCUGCAUUCAGAAGGGAGCAGAUUGUGGAGCAAAGGUUGUGGAGAAGACAAACCCCACGGAGCCUGUUGGGGUCGUGUGUAAAGUUGAUGGUGUCUACCAGGUGGUGGAAUAUAGUGAAAUCUCCCUGACCACAGCCCAGAGGAGAAGCCCUGACGGACGGCUGCUGUUCAACGCGGGGAACAUUGCCAAUCACUUCUUCACUGUGCCUUUCCUGAGAGAUGUGGUCAACAUCUAUGAACCACAGUUACAGCACCACGUGGCUCAGAAGAAGAUUCCCUACGUGGAUACCCAGGGGCAACUACUUAAACCGGACAAACCAAAUGGGAUCAAGAUGGAAAAAUUUGUCUUUGACAUCUUCCAGUUUGCCAAGAAGUUUGUGGUCUAUGAAGUAUUGAGGGAAGAUGAGUUCUCCCCCUUGAAGAAUGCAGACAGUCAGAACGGAAAGGACAACCCUACAACUGCACGGCAUGCGCUAAUGUCUCUGCAUCAUUGUUGGGUCCUCAAUGCUGGGGGCCACUUCAUAGAUGAAAAUGGGUCUCGACUUCCCGCCAUUCCUCGCCAUGCUACAAAUGGAAAGUCAGAGACCCUCACAGCUGAUGUCAAUCACAACUUGAAAGAUGCCAAUGACGUACCCAUUCAGUGUGAAAUCUCUCCCCUUGUCUCCUAUGCUGGUGAAGGCCUUGAAAGUUUUGUGGCAGAUCAAGAAUUCCAUGCGCCUUUAAUAAUUGAUGAGAAUGGUGUUCAUGAGCUGGUGAAGAAUGGCAUAUGAGCUACCUGGCAGUGCCGUGGAUCCACAGGAGUCAAUUCAUUGGUAACAGGCCUGUUGCAGAUGAAUAUGAAGGGCAGUCAUUGAAGGCUGAAGUUUAAGAAUCCACCGGGUUAAUUGUUUCACUUGCAGCAGCUCCUGCCAACUCUGUGGAGAGCUCGAUUCCCAGACUGAGAGCAGCGAUCUCCUUCUGGCUGGUGGCUCUUUGAAGUGCUUAUUUAUAUUUUUUUAUUGUACAUUUCCUUCCCAGACAAGGAAAACAUUGGCUCUACAAGGAGAUUUACUCUAGCUUAAACCCAUCCAGGGUGUUUCUUGUUGUCUUACUCAGAAUCAAGGAACAUUUAUUUUUGAAGUUGUAUAUAGUAAUAAACCAUUGUACAUGAAUCUUU